AACACAAACUUCACGUUCAACAACAAGAGUAACACAAGCAACACCACUGUCUGGCAUUACUUCAGCUCAAACACGAUCUCAAAUAAAUACACCGAUUUCGAAAUCAGGAAUAUCAACUAUUACUAAACCAUCAUCAUCAUCAACUGUGAAUACAAAAAAUAAUAGAAAAGAGUCCGAUGAAACAACUAAUUCAAGUGACGAAGAAAGUUCAUCCGAUGAUGAUAAAUCAUCGGAUUCUGAUAAUGUUCGUGCAAAACGACCUCCUAUUAACCAUGCAAAUAAACGACGAUAA